AUGCUUACAGAGGAAUUAGUUGUAGCCAACGGGCUUGGUUACGUAGUUUAUACUGAUACAGAAAACGGUAGCAGUAUUUUGAGGCUUGUGAAGACGCAGACAAAUCGCGAAGAUAACUAUUGUAAAUGGAAUAAUGAAAGAAAUCUGGUCGUUAUAGACUCUGUUAACUCAGGUGUCGGCCGGAAUCCGUCGAAUGAUUACUAUAAUAUUGUAUUUAAGCAUGUGCUGGAAGACUUAGGAUAUACACAUGACUACAUUAAGACUAGUGACGCAGACACAGUGAGUCAGUUUGCCCGAUCACUUGAAUCAUCGACAUCUUAUGACGUGAUAUUUAUGUCUGGUGAUACCGCAAUCUCUGAAUUCAUUAAUAAUUUGCCACCGGAUGGCGCCUGUGUCCGUAUACUGCCUAUUCCGCUUGGAUCUGGUAAUGCGUGGGCGAGUUCAUUGGGUUUUACGUCACCUGUCCUGACAUUUGGGGCUUUUUUAAAGGGUAAAUGUUUUGCCUCUCAAUUUCCACUUUACAAAGCUGUAUUUCCGAAUGGAUAUUCCUUAAAAUUCUUCAUUGUGUUAUCGCUGGGGUUCCAUGCUAAUCUGCUGCACUUAUGCGACAAUCCAAAAUACAAUUUAGGCACGGAAAAGUUUAGAAUUGCAAGCGAGGAGAUUUUUAAUAACUAUAUUUUGGAUGAGAAGAUUCAAUUAUUGGAUGAUGAUGGAAAUCAAAUUAAGGCUGGAAAAUAUGCAUAUUUUGUGAUUAUUAAUACGUCGCACUUGGAACCGGAAUAUAUCCCAUCUCCUAGUUCGAAGGCACUAGUGCCAGAUCUUUACCUCCUUGCAUACGAUUCACAACUCGAAAAAGAAUACCUUGCAUCAAAAAUUAUGCAGGGUUAUAGCAAUCGACUUGGGCAGUCACUUGUUGGUCCUGGUAUUACCUAUGAAAAAUUGCCUAGAAAAAGAUUUAAGGUUUUGGUGGAAAACGAUAAAGCCAAUAGGAGAGACUUUGAAAUUUGCAUUGAUGGUCACUUGUUAAAUUUACUCGAUCUCCAGCCUUCCUCUGAGCCGAAAGAUUUCCAAAAUUGGUUUUAUAUAGAGACAUUACCUGUGUCUCCGAAUAUAUUAGCUCUAACGCAAUCCGAUGGAAUACCGUCACCUGUUAUUUAG